AUGGAAUGCCACCCUCUUGCAGCUUUGUGGCAGGAUGCAGGGCAGGGGCAUGAACUUUUUGCUGUUCUGUGUUCUUCCCUUGCCAGCAGGUCCCCAAGCUGUUCGCUAACCUGGAUUCUGGUCCCUCGGAAACAGCGCUCACCUGACCGUGCAAUACUGCGUGUUGUCGGAGAACACGACGUGGAGAACUCCAGAACGCCGCAAGCAUUGCACAUGGCGCUGCCUGAUGCCCAUAUGCUCUCUUUGGGACAGGGGGAUCACACCCAGUGCUCUCCAUUGCUGUGUGCCUGGUGCCCACUCAACCACUCCUUACGAUCAUGCCUGUCUCGUUUCUUUAACUUCUUCCCUAUUGUUCACUUGGUGGCUGCACUGACAGGGCUCCCGCGCCAGGCAAACGGAUACACAGCACCAGAGGAAGUGAGCCGGACAACAGCCUGCCACAGAACACACCUGAGAGUCGGCAUAUCUGAGAGUCAACAGGCCAUGAGCUGCAGUGCUGGCAAAGCGUUCAGCCGGCAUACCCGAGAGUCAGCAGCACGCCGUGAGCGGCAGCGCCAGCGAUGCAGUCCGUCGGCGCGAUCAUCAGAGCGGGGUGCUGGCAAGCGCCAGGGCUCCCACGCCAGGCGAGGGGACGCACAGCACAAGACCAAGCCAGCCAGACAACAGCCUGCCACGGCGCCACGCCGGAAUGUUGGCAUAUUUGAGAGUCAGCAGCAGGCCAUGAGCAGCAGCGCUGGCGAUGCAUUCAGCUGCCAUAUCUGGGAGUCAGCAGCAGGCAAUGGGCAAUAG